AUGGAAGACUUCAAGCUUGUGAAAUCAGCAAGAAGCCGUGCGAAGGCAAGCAUCACGCGUUUGCUAACGGCGUCACAAGAUCCACGUGCGGGAUCAAACUUGGAAUUGGAGCAAAUAACCGUGUUAUUGGAGAGGCUCAAUACCGUUUGGAAGGAGUUUGAGACUCUUAGCGACAAAAUGGCCCUUUUUGAUGAGGAGGAGGGGUAUGUUGAUCCAGCCAUCGACAACGAGACCUACGAAGACAAGUACUUGCGUGCAAACACAUUACUACACUCGCUAAAACGCGCUUGUAUGCUAAGGGAGAACGAGGGAGGAAACAUCGCCAGCGGCAACCAUAACGACAGUGAGAGCCCAUGGGGAUCACAAGCAUCGGGAUCAGGAAACGAAAACUUUGUUCGUUUUUUACAACAACAACAAGAGCUGAACGAGCGAUUGGCGCAACAACAAACCACGUUUUUGAGCGCAAAUUCGACAGCAAAUAGGGUGCAAAGCGAAUUGCCAAAAAUACACAUCAAGCAGUUCAAUGGUGACUACAAGGAAUGGCCUGCUUUCAUGAACCUCUUCGAAAGUACGAUUCACAGCAAUCAGCAUUUGACAGCCAUUCAAAAAUUGCACUACUUGAAAACAUAUGUUAUUGGAGAAGCAGCUGAUUUGAUACGACAUAUGCCAAUAACAGAAGCAGCUUAUACUGCUGCUUGGACUUGCCUAACGGAGCGUUACAACCGACCACGUCACAUUGUAAAUACUUUGCUGGACACAUUUGUGAAUUUACCUUCGACAUCCAGAGCAGACGUUUCAAUUCUACGUAAGGUGACAGAUGGAGCAACGGAGAUUGUACGCGGCUUGGAUGCAGCAGGGCAAACUAAUAGGGACUGCUGGAUUAUACAUUUCAUGCUGGCCAAAAUUGACGCUGAAACCCGACGCAAAUGGAUUGAAGGAAGUCGCGAGCUGGAAUCGCCAACUGUAAACGACUUACUCAAGUUCUUAGACCGGCGCUGCGAGGAAUUUGAGCUAAGCAAAAGUGAGACUGACACAGACUUCAAGGCUGCUGCAACCAGGGCACAGCCAAGAAGUGACGAGCAGCGCAUCCUCAGCACUCCCGAAGAGGCAACAGUGGCCAUCAGCCACGUCGCACGUGCGCAAGUUACUCCAAGAGCUGAACCCUCAUACAACGGAUCAGCAACUGCUACAAAGCCACACGGGCUUCGGAAAAGCGCAUUGCCAACAGCUCUAGUGUUCGUUCGAAACGCAAAGGGAUCGCACACUAUCUGUCGGGUGCUUUUGGACAGUGGCUCGGAACUGUCAUACAUCUCGGAACGGUGCAUACAGGCACUUGGCCUGUCACGUUUUCCAUCACGUAUUCUGGUCUCGGGAAUUUCAUCUAUAAAGGCUGAGACAACUAGAGGCUGCAGCACACUGGACAUGCAGUCAAGGAUCUCAGAGCACACAAUGAAGGUACGCGCUCACGUACUCAGCAAAAUCACCUCUACAUUGGCAAGACACGAUAUUGACGCUGCAGCACUAAGGGCUUUCGAUGGCUUCGAUCUCGCAGAUUCUGAAUAUCAAUCGUUAGCGCCAGUGGAUAUUCUUUUGGGCAGCGAUUAUGUGUGGACCGUGUUCACCGGCCAAAAGAUGUUCGACAGCCACGGGAACGUCAUUGCCAUUUCGACAAUUUUUGGAUGGGUCAUAACUUCUAUUACGACCAGCAACUCAUCAUCUACAAUGACAAUGCACACGGCUAUUGACAUUGACGCAUCGCUUCGACGCUUUUGGGAGCUGGAGGAUGUCAACCAGGAAUUUCAGCGGGAACCAGAGGACGAUGAAGUUGAGCAACACUUUAUGAAGACACACACUCGGGACUCCAAGGGGCGUUACAUCGUCGAGCUUCCGUUCAAAGAUCCUAAUCAACAGUUUUCGGAUACACUACACGGAGCACUCGCAAGAUUCAGGGGUGUUGAACGUCGCUUGGAGCGAGAUCCCGACCUGCACGCACAGUAUGUACAGUUUAUGCGUGAUUAUCUUAAUUUGGGUCACAUGCGAGAACUAUCGCCAGAAGACAUUGACAAGAAGCCAUGCUUUUACUUGCCACAUCAUCCCGUAAUUACACAAAAAUUAAGGGUGGUUUUUGACGGAUCGUUUAAGGAUACUAGCGGAAAGGCCUUGAACGACGCCCUGCACAUUGGACCCAGUAUUUUGCGAAACUUAUUCUCAAUUUGUAUACGUUUCAGAAUGUUUAAGUUCGUCUUUUCUGCAGAUAUAGUCAAAAUGUAUCGACAAAUCUGGGUGGCUGUCAAUCAUUGCAGUUACCAGCGCAUUGUAUGGCGAGAAGAUGAAAGCACGCCUAUCAAGCACUAUGAGCUCUCCACAGUAACAUACGGCACGUCUAGCGCACCAUUCUUGGCAGUGAGGGUCCUGGAUCAGCUUGCUCACGACCAUCAACACGAGUUUCCCACUGCAGCUAAAAUCUUAAAGGAGGAGUUUUACAUGGACGACGUACUCACGGGAGCAUACACAGAGGAAGAGCUUAUUUGCAAGCGAGAUGAAUUAAUUCAGCUAAUGGAACGUGCAGGCAUGGAGCUUGGCAAAUGGGUCUCCAAUUCAUCACGCAUUUUUGUCGGAACUCUUACUUCAACCAAUACUCCAGGCAAGGGACUCCAUUCUACAGCAAAGGUUCUUGGCAUUCACUGGGAUCCAGAAAAAGAUAAUUUAUCGUACAACGUUUGCCUUUCAUCGAAUCCGGACAGCAACAAACGACAAGUGCUGUCGGACGUGGCACGCAUCUUCGAUCCACUGGGUAUUCUGUCGCCUGUGGUGGUGCAAUUUAAAAUUAUGUUUCAGGAAUUGUGGUUACUCGAUCUCGACUGGGAUACGGAACUUCCUCCGAAAAUUGCGGAUUGGUGGAAGAAAUGCCGUAACGACCUAAAUGUACUCCAGGAACUUCGUCUUCCACGAUUUGUUGACAACAAGGAGGAUCGCAUCGAACUGCAUGGAUUUUCAGAUGCUUCCAUUAAGGCAUACGCCGCAGUCGUCUACAGCAGAUUGGUACAGGCAAAUGGCACCGUAUCUGUUUCACUCAUCGCAGGAAAAACCAGAGUUGCUCCGCUGAAGCAGCAGUCACUACCGCGCCUCGAACUGUGUGGCGCUCUGUUGUUGAGCCGACUGAUCGUAUCUAUCAAGGCUGCUCUACAGCAUAAGAACAUUGACAUACAUGCAUGGUGCGACUCAACUAUAGUUCUGGCUUGGCUUUCACAGCAGCCAUCGAAGCUUAAAACAUUUGUUGCAAACAGAACGUCAGAAAUACUCGAUGCUAUACCACGCAAUGCAUGGCAUCAUGUAAAUACAAAGGAAAAUCCUGCUGACUGCGCCAGCCGAGGCAUGCUCGCUGCAGAACUGCUCAAUUUCGACCUGUGGUGGAUGGGACCUUCAUGGCUGCAAGAUCCAGAAAAACUCGCGGUAAAGCUGAGCUCUACAAAAUUCUGUUCUUCCCUUUCGGAAAACUAUGGCAACGAAGAAGUGAAGACCACCGCAUUGACAACUCAGGAAGACGACUCAUUUUCACCGCUCGAAGCACUGGUGCAACGCGUCUCGUCCUGGACAAAACUGGUUCGCAUUGUAGCCUACGUCUUGCGCUUCAUCCAAGGGACCAGGGCCCCUAAAUCAGGCAUGUUGGCAAGUAGCAAAAUGCUGAAAUUCGAGGAGAUCCAGGCGGCUCGCAUUCUUUGCCUACAAACGGCUCAGGAAUGUUUCAAAGAGGAUCGAAUUCUGCUGCUGGAGAACAAGCCACUUCGGAGCCGCUCUCAGCUGCUCAAGCUCUCACCGAUUGUAUGCAAGAAUGGCCUCCUACGAGUUGGUGGACGACUGAGCAAUUCUCAAUUACCAGCUGAUGUCAAACACCCUAUACUGCUUCCGAAAUCGCACCGCAUCACAAUACUGAUUUUGGAACAUGAACAUGCAUCAAACCUUCACCCAGGCGUCUCUGCUCUCUUUGUUAUUAUGCGUCAAAAAUAUUGGAUUUUUGGUGCGCGUAAUCUUAUAAGAAAUCUAGUCCACAACUGCAUAAGAUGUUUUCGCCAACGUAAUCACACAGAGCACCAAUUCAUGGCCGAUUUACCAGGCAUUCGUAUCACCGAAGCUCUGCCCUUCCAGCACUCAGGCUGUGACUACGCUGGACCAUUUAUACUAAAGGAAAGGAGAGGACGCAAUCCUCGAAAAACUAAGGGCUACAUAUGUUUGUUUGUGUGCCUUGUAACAUCAGCCAUACACCUGGAAUUGGCCGCCGACCUGAGCACCGACACCUUCCUGGCCUGUCUUCGUCGAUUUAUGUCCCUCAGAGGAAAAUGCUCCCAGAUCUUCAGCGAUAACGGAACAAAUUUUGUUGGUGCCAAACGGGCACUAGAUGAGAUGCAGCAACUUCUAUCUUCGCAGGAGCAUCAACACACCGUAGCCCAAUCGCUGGCCAACGAUGGAAUCAAAUGGAGUUUCAUACCGCCACAUUCGCCACACUGGGGAGGGAAGUGGGAGUCAUCCGUGCGUUCCGUCAAACUGCACCUUCGUCGCGUUGUAGGAAAGACGACGUUAACCUUCGAACAAAUGCAAACUCUAAUUGUUCAGAUUAGUGCGGUUGUGAACUCUCGACCGUUAUGCUAUACACCAGACACAGACCUCACAUACUUGUCGCCAGCCCAUUUUCUAAUUGGUCGCCCAUUCACAACAAUCCCGGAAGGCGAUCUAUCUCAUUUGCCAAUCAAUCGCUUGGACUAUUGGCAGCACUUGCAAGCAAUGUACCAAGGAUUUUGGAAGCGCUGGCAUCAAGAAUAUUUAACAUCCUUGCAGCAACGUCACAAGUGGAACAACAAGCAACGCAACAUCUCAGUUGACAAUGUGGUACUUGUCAAGGACUCCAAUCUCCCACCAGCAGCUUGGAUUCUAGCCCGUGUAUUGGAAGCUCAUCCUGGACCAGAUGGACUUGUUCGCGCCGUGAAGCUUAAGACAUCUACCGGAGAAAUGACCCGACCCAUCAGCAAGCUAGCAGUACUACCUAAUUCAGAAACUAUGUUUCAGGGCGGCCCGGGAUGUUGA